AUGUCCAAGACAGCUACCGUCACCACGACCGUCCCGUCCUCUGCCACUUCCGAGCCUCAAUACUAUGGCAAACUUCGCUACAUCCCCCAGGGCCAAAAACCGACCCCGUCGCCACACAACUUUCAUCUGCCCGCCAUAGCCGAGUUCGGCGAUGUGCGUCUGCAACCACUCAUCGACAUGCGGCCUGUGCCUACGGUGGGAGAACUGCCCACUGCCCAAGAAGGCACUGCCCAAUUGUCCACUCACGGUUUCACCGCCGUCCGGCACCCGAUGACCAUGAAUUCGGCCCCGUACACCCGGGCGAGCUGGAAUGACCCCAAACUCCUCAAGGAGCUAUAUGUGCCCGAGACGGAGGAGAUGGUGAAGCAGAUCACUGGCGCCAAGACGGUCAUCACAGAGGCCCUCCUGCUGCGCAGUGCUGUCUGGUCGGAGGAAGACGCAUUAGCAACUCAUGCUGGCCAUGGGCAUAAGGAGGCAUCCAAGGCCGACGGAGGCGAAAAGACACCCGAGGAAGCGCAAUUAGAACUGGGCUUUCCGCAGUUCAUCGGCUUUUCACCCAAGCAAGGCGGCGCCAGCCCGGCACCCAAAGUCCACCUCGACUAUGCCCCCAACGGCGCCCGGAUGCAUCUGCGAAAGUACCACCCGACCAUGACGGCGGCGGCCAAGGGCAUCAUUGCCGCCGAAGACAAGCUGCUGGCAGAGGGCAAGUCUCUCCGCGAGGAGUAUGCGGCGUCUAAGCUGGGCCCCCGCUGGGCGCUGUACUCGAUCUGGCGACCGUUGAAGCGAGUGCACCGUGACCCGCUCGCGCUGGGCGACGCCCGCACCUUCCUCGAGGAGGACUAUGUGCCCGUCAUUGUGAAGACGCCCAACCUGGGCAUCCCCGGCGAGACUUCGACCCACGACACAGAGAGCUACCUAGCCCACUGGUCUGUGGGACAGAAAUGGUACUUUAUCUCGAAGCAGGAGCCGGAGGAAGCCCUGGUUGUAGGACUGUUCGAUUCGGAUCGUGAUAAAGACACCGUGGCUGCGGGAGGCACUCUUCAUAGCAGUGUCGACCUCCCCGGCACCGAGAACGAGGAGCCGCGCGAGAGUAUAGAGUUGAGAUGCUUGGCCAUCUGGUAG